AUGGCCACCUACAAGGUCAAGGUGGCCACAGGUUCGGACCUCUUGUCAGGGACGAUGGACUCCAUCUCGCUGACCAUUGUAGGCACUCUAGGAGAGAGCCACAAGCAGCUGCUCAACCACUUUGGGAGAGACUUCGCAACUGGGGCGGUGGAUGAGUACACGGUGCAGUGCCAGCAGGACCUGGGGGAGCUCAUCAUUAUCCGCCUGCACAAGGAGCGCUACUCCUUCUUUCCCAAGAACUCCUGGUACUGCAACUACGUGCAGAUCUGUGCACCCAACGGCCACAUCUACCACUUUCCGGCCUACCAGUGGAUCGAGAGCUAUCAGACUCUGGCACUCCGGGAGGCCACAGGAAAGACGGCCGCAGAGGACACUCUCCCGAUCCUUCUGGAGCAUCGACGGGAGGAGAUCAGAGCCAAGCAGGACCUCUACCAUUGGAGAGUCUUUGUUCCUGGCCUUCCCAACUAUGUAAACAUCCCGAGUUACUGCCCUCCAGUUCGAAGAAACCCCAACAGGCCUGAAUGGAAUGGCUACAUCCCCGGGUUCCCCAUUCUCAUCAACAUCAAGGCCACCAGGUUCCUGAACUCAAAUCUCCGCUUCUCCUUCAUCAAAACAGCCUCUUUCUUUUACCGCCUGGCACCCAUGUCCUUGGCCCUCAAAGUGCGCGGCAUGCUGGACAGGAAACAGUCGUGGAAGAGACUGAAGGACAUUAAGAAAAUUUUCCCGGCCACCAAGACAGUCACUUCUGAGUAUGUAGUGGAGCACUGGGCAGAAGACUGCUUUUUUGGCUACCAGUACCUCAAUGGCAUCAACCCAGUCGUGCUCCGCCGCUGCCAUAGGAUCCCAGACAAGUUCCCUGUCACAGAUGACAUGGUGUGUUCUUUCCUGGGAGAGGGGACGUGUCUGCAAGCAGAGCUAGAGAAGGGGAACAUCUACUUGGCAGACUAUCAGAUUCUGGAAGGCAUCCCCACGGUGGAGCUCAACGGCCAGAAACAACACCACUGCGCCCCUCUCUGCCUGCUGCACUUGGGCCCGGAAGGGAACUUGAUGCCUAUCGCCAUCCAGCUAAGCCAGACCCCCGGACCUGAUUGCCCCAUUUUCCUGCCCAGUGACUCCGAGUGGGACUGGCUGCUGGCCAAGACUUGGGUGCGCUAUGCGGAGUUCUAUUGCCACGAAGCCAUCUCCCAUCUGCUGGAGACCCACCUCAUGGCUGAGGCCUAUUGCCUGGCUGUCUUUAGGCAGCUUCCCAUGUGCCACCCCCUCUACAAGCUUCUCAUCCCUCACACUAGAUUUACUAUUCAGAUCAACAGCAUUGGGCGGGCCCUCCUCCUUAAUGAGGGUGGACUCUCUGCGAGGGCCAUGUCCCUGGGCCUGGAGGGCUUCGCUGAGGUCAUGGUGCGGGGUCUGUCAAAGAUCACCUAUGAAAGCCUCUAUCUCCCCAAUGACUUUGUGGAGCGUGGGGUGCAGGACCUGCCGAGAUAUUAUUACCGUGAUGACAGCCUGGCGGUGUGGGAUGCCUUGGAGAGGUACGUGACCGAGGUCAUCACCUACUAUUACCCAUGCGAUGCAGCCGUGGAGGCUGACACAGAGUUGCAGUGCUGGGUACAAGAGAUAUUCAAGGAGUGCCUCUUGGGGCGGGAGAGCUCAGGCUUCCCCACCUGCUUGCGGACAGUGCCUGAACUGAUCAGAUACGUCACCAUUGUCAUUUACACCUGCUCCGCCAAGCAUGCAGCUGUCAACACGGGGCAGUUAGAAUUCACCUCCUGGAUGCCCAAUUUCCCAUCCUCCAUGAGGAACCCACCCAUGCAGGCCAAGGGUCUAACCACUGAGGAGAUAUACAUGAACACGUUGCCUGAUGUGAAGACCACUUGCAUCAUUCUCCUGGUGCUUUGGACACUCAGUCGUGAGCCUGAUGACAAGAGACUGCUGGGCCACUUCCCCGACAUCCACUUUGUGGAGGAGGUUCCACGAAGGAGCAUGGAGACCUUCCGCCAGCGCCUGAUGGUCAUCUCACACAACAUCCGCCAGCGCAACAAGUGUUUGCCCAUCCCCUACUACUACCUGGACCCGGUGCUCAUCGAGAACAGCAUUUCCAUCUAG